UAUAAAAUUGGAGAAUGGAAGAUAGAAAUAAGCCUAAAACAAAAAUGAAUACCCCUCUAGUUUUUGGUGGGGAAAAAACGAGGGAGAAUAUAAUAUGGACUCCUCUUUUCGGCGGGGAAAAUAAAGCGCGGGAAAUGUGUGAGUCAACGCUUCACUCAGAAAUCAGAAUCGUCUGUUGAUUCCACAGUCCUUUUACUUCAUUCAACACUUCAUUCUUCUUUGUUCUGGGAAUCAUAUGUAUGCAGAAUGCAGCUGCGAAACUGCUGUGUCAGUGUCACCAAAGGCGAUGUAGUGUGGGCUAGGGUUCAAUUUCCCCACCAAUUUUGGCCCUCUCUGGUUCUCUGCACCGACUCUCUCGGCGUCUGCGUCUCCUUCUUCAACCACAAUCUCUCUCCCAGGUACGUCAUCGAAUCCGAAGUUGUUCCCUUUGAGGAAUGCUUCAGAUGGAUAAUGGGUCAUCAACAGGGCGUUAAAAAAUGCGACAUUUUCUAUGGGUCGCUUGAUUCUGCGCUAAAAUUGAUGGGUCGGAGGGUUAUUUCGAGUCUGAAAUGCCGGUGCCAAAUGAUGCCCCCGAGGAACUUUGAUGGUGUUGGUGGUGGUGGGAAUGAUGGGAGAGAAAGAUCUGAUGGGUCGAAAUCGAAUGUUUGCUUUCAGCCAUUUGUAGUUUUGGGUUUUGUUUUGAGGGUCGCUGUUGUGCCAUGGGUUGAUGAACUGGAUUUUGUUGAUGCUGUUAGAGCUGUUGCCCAGGUUCAGGCUUUUCGUGACUAUUGUUCUAUCGAGAAGAGAAUGGCUUACGAGAAGACUCAAGGAGGCAAUAAUGUGAAGCUACUUCGAUGUUCAUCAUUGGGUGAGAAAUGCACGAACUUUCUCGAGUAUCAGAUGCUUUAGAACCCCAGCAUCAAUGUCAGAUUCUAUCAGAAGAGGUGGAAAAGAUCUUGACUAUUGAUUCUAUAAAGACAUUGAACUCAAAAACCUCUGUGGUGAAAGAAAAUGUCAAAAUCUUGCGGGAGAAUCAACUUCAGAUUAUUCCACAGACCCACACUAGU